GUUAAUAGAGGACCGAAGUAAGACGCUCUGAACGUGUCGUAUGAAAGACAAAAGAGUAAUCGACGGUUGAUUCGCAUUCGCUAUCAAGAGUUUGUUUGCGAUGUUUCGAGUGCCGUACUCUCUUCUCUCUCUUUCUCUUCCGAGCUCGAGGUUCGAGUGUUUAUAGGGUGAAGAGGGUCAUCGUGUAUUUUGCCACGUAGCAAGGGGUUGCGAAAGGAACAGGGUUUGUUGGCACAGUUAACACUUAACCGAGGGUUGCUACCCCGUUCUCCCAUUUACGCGCCUCUUGGGAACUUCUCGAAUUAUACAAUUAUGCGCGAUUAGAUGUAAUUAGUAAUCGUUUCCUUCCGUAUUUCUGUUAACUAGCAUCGAGAACGUUUCAACGAAACAGAUACAGUUACAUAAUAUACGCAUGAUGAAUCUUAUGAUUCGUACUAUAAACUGACAGAGAAUCUAGGCAUGCAUCAGAGGAAGCUCUGGGAAAAUAGUAGUAACUUUCGGGCAGUUUUUACCAUUUCAACGUUUCGUACGUUCUGAUCGCUCGUUAAGAGCAUAAUAGGUAGCGAUUACAAUGGAACACGACCAUUGGCGGUAAAUUAUGUGGGCCACGUGUCUUGCCAUUAUAAAGAGAUCGGCCCGGACUUCUGUUUGAUCCGCUCUCGAUCCUGCCUCGAAAGCGAUACGUACACGUCUCAAUAAUGGGUUUAUUAUGCGAUCAUUUUUGGGCGUUUUCCCGAAAUAAAUAUGCGCGUCAAGGGAAUUUCUCCCUUUGGUAUAUCCGUGAAUCGUGUGCGAUCAUUUUCUGGCAAUGUCAUGUACAUCCAUGCGCUUGGACUUUGAUCUUUGUCUUAAAAUAUGUAUAAGUGUAACAGCCGAAACUUGCGUCGCUGGCUCUAUCGAUUACUGCACGAGUAGAGAGCUGCGGGGGUUGCUGAAAAUACAGUCUUGGCCCGUUCGUCCGGUUGUAGUCAAAAGCGGUUGCUAGUAUUUGAGGAAAAACUAGAUUUUCCGUCGAAAGUUGGCUGUUUCGACGGUGGGAAGACCGGAUUUUGUCAGUACUAAUGAAAUACCGAUUAAUCAUCUUUAACUCGUUAAAUACUGAAGUUAGAAGAAAACUGCAUAGAAUCUUCCUUGUAGAGGACGUCAAUACCUACAAAUUUUAUUUGAAGCAUUCUUCGAAAUUUUGAGAAAGAUAGUCCCCCCUCCCCAGGUGGUAUCUCCUCGGUGGGAGAGGCAUAAGUAUCUAGUACCUGAUAUCUUCAUGGUUCCUUCUUAUUUAUACGCACACGAGACGAGUUGCCAGAUUCACGUACGAGUCAGUGUCAGCACGACCUUUGUGCUGCUGUUACUGCUUUAUACUUUACUUAGGCCCACUGACCGUCCAAUCGUAGGCAUUGCCGAUAAUGCGUUAUCGUUGCUCCAAAGAACGCGGUCGUCUGUGCUUCUGAAGUUGUGCGAUAUCGUUGAUCGUUAUUAGUGGGAAAUUACUGUUGAAUCCGUGAUCAUCGAAUAUGAAUUGUUCGACGGGCGACGAGGAACGACUCGUCGAUAAUGACGUAGUGUUAUGUACCGCGCCGCCGAACCCUUCAACUACUCAUCAGGAUAACGAUGAGACUUCAGGAACCGGUGUUUGGAGUACCGUAUUCUUGAUCGUCAAUGCCACUUUGGGGGCUGGUCUCUUAAACUUCCCGCGAGCAUUCGACGAAGCUGGCGGAUUGAUCACCUCCGUGGGCACGCAACUUAUCUUUCUCGUUUUUAUCACAGCUGCCCUAGUGAUCCUAGCGAAUUGCAGCGAAGUCACCGAUACUUCUUCCAUGCAAGAUAUGUUCGCUGCCCUUUACGGGCCGAAAACGCUUCUCUUAUGCGCCUCUUGCAUCGCGAUAUAUAGCUUCGGAUGUUGCUUAACUUUUUUAAUAAUCAUCGGUGACCAAUUCGACAGAGUCUUAGCCACGUACAUCGGGCCGGAUUACUGCCAUACAUGGUACUUAUCGAGAACAUUCAUCACGGUGAUAACGUGCAAUCUCUUUCUACUGCCUCUGUGUUUCUUUAAGAAAUUACGCGUUUUGCGUUAUGCGAGUUCUGUCGGCUGCGUCGCUGUUCUGUACGUAACGGUGGUGGUCGUGUACAAAUAUUUCGUCAGGGGCGACCUUCCCAACGUCGAUCCGAUGAAGAUAUGGCCGGAUCGGAACGGAUUCCGAAUGCUUCAAAUAAUACCCAUAAUUUGCUUCGCGUAUCAGAGUCAUAUGACGGCCAUACCGAUGUACGCUUGCAUGAGAGAGCGAAGCGUGAAAAAAUUUACCUUCUGCGCCGUAGUAAGUAUGAUCGUCUGCUUCCUCGUUUACACGAUAGUCGGUACCUUCGGAUACGCGACGUUUGGCAGUGGAAAAGUGCCUAGCGACGUGCUACAAGGAUACGCGGACGAAAGCGUGACCGUCGCGUUGGCCGUCGUGUUUGUAGCAAUCAAAAAUUUUACUACAUAUCCGAUCGUUCUGUACUGCGGCCGCGACGCGCUUUUCAGUCUCGCGAGAAUCGACGUCGACGCGACGACUUUCCGAUCUCGAGCCUUCGUCACGAUAGUUUGGUACGUACUGUCGUUGAUCAUCGCGGUGCUCGUUCCGGAUAUCUCGCCGGUUGUUAAUUUGCUGGGAGCCUUGUCGGCCGCUUUUAUCUUUGUCUUUCCCGGCAUCGCGCUAUUCCGAAGUACACUCUUGAAAGAUUCGGAACUGUAUCUGAACAAGGAUAGAUUGCUCGUGUUUUUCGCGAUUUUUAUCACCGCGCUCGGUGCGUUCGUUUCCGGGCUCGUAUUCGUCGAAGCGAUCGAAGAUCUGAACCUACCACCGAAAGGAACUCCUCAAGUCACCGGGUUCAGAAGAUUGCGAGACAGUUUGUGUACUUAAACCGACUUCGUCGAAGAAUAGAUCGCAAGGAAGAGAUUUAUAGAAUUCUCCGCUUUCGUAAAGAUCGAAGGACAAACUAAGGAAUGACCGGCUCGACUCGUGAUAUGGACGGAUGAUUUUCAUAUGCUCAGAUUAAAUGAAGACUGAUAUUUUACCGACGACGGGGUGAAGAUCUCCACCUUCCAAUAUUUUAUUUUUUUAUCACGUAUUUUUUACGGAACAAUGUAUAAAUAAAAUGUUACACUAUAUUUUAUAGGA